AUGAGUAAACGACCACCACCCCCUCCACCACCGGGUAGAACCACCAAUGGUGUGAAGAAGGAGGAUAGUAGGAAUGGUUUGGGAGCUAAUGGUUCUAGAAAAGCUCCUCCGCCACCUUUAGGGUCAAGUAGGAGUGUCCCUCCACCUCCAGGUAUAACAAGAAAGACUGGAGCUCCACCUCCACCACCAGGUAUGAAAAGAACUUCUGCACCACCUCCACCACCUGGAAUCAAUAGAAGACCUCAAGCACCUCCAGGUGCCACCAAUAGACCCAGUUCAGGCAUGAAACGUUCCAUAAAUAUAAGUGAUGAUGAAUUGUUAUCAAGAGCUAAAAGGUGGAAACAUCUUCAAAAAAAGAGAUUCGAACCAAAGAAAGAUAAACAAUCAGGUGUGAUACGUCCAAAUAAAAUUGAAAUGCCUCCUGAACAUUUAAGAAAGAUAAUGAUCGAUCAUGGUGACUUGUCUUCUAGAAAAGUUUCUGCAGAUAAAAGAUCACAUCUUGGAUCAUUAAAGUAUAUUCCUCAUGCCAUCAUCAAAUUACUAGAGAAUAUGCCUCAACCUUGGGAACAAUCCAAAGAAGUCAAAGUUUUGUACCAUAUAACUGGUGCCAUCACAUUUGUUAAUGAGGUACCUAAGGUAAUUGAACCUGUUUAUAGAGCUCAAUGGGGAGCGACAUGGCAAGCUAUGAGGAAAGAGAAAAGAGAUAGGAAAUUCUUUAAAAGAAUGAAAUUUCCACCAUUUGAUGAUGAAGAACCUCCUUUGGAUUGGUUGGAAAAUAUUGAUGACCAAGACAUUCCUGAUCCUAUAGACUUACUGUUGGGAGAUAAGAAAAUUGAAGAAUGGUUAUACGACGAGAAACCGUUCUUAGAGGAUAAUGACGUUAUAAGUGGUGAAUCAUAUCAGAAUUGGAAGUUAGAUUUGAGUAAAAUGUCCAAACUUUUCAAUCUAUCAAGACCUAUAUUACCCAAUAUCACUGAUCCUAAUUAUUAUUACCUUUUCGAUAAAGAAAGUUUCAUAACAGCAAAAAGUUUGAAUUUGUCAUUACCAGGAGGUCCUAAGUUUGAACCUCUUUCUGUAAACACAGGUGAUACAGAUGAAGACUAUACAGAAUUUGAUGCUAUUGAUAGGAUAAUUUUCAGAAAUCCUAUAAGAACAGAGUACAAAGUUGCAUUUCCCUAUGUUUUUAAUUCAUCAGUGAAAGAAGUUCAAAUAGAAACUUACCAUCAUCCUUUAAAUUGCUUUUCUAACGACAAAGAAGCUCAGGAGUCAGAUAUAGCCUUUUACUUUGGUAAGAGCUUGAAUGAUAUUCCACCUCCUAGAUUUGAAUCGAUGGAAGAGGAUGAAGUUGAAGAGUUGGACUUACCUCCGAGUUUCAAACCUUUUAUGUCAGAGAGUUACUUAGAUGACGAGGAGAGCGAUGAUGAUAGUGAUAGUGACGAGGAGAGUGACAGCGAAGAAAGUGAGAGCGAAGAAAGUGGUGAAUUAAAAGAUGAACUAAAAGAUGAACUCAAACCAUUACCUUUAGAACCAAAAGGUUCUGCUGGUGCAGUUCAAUUAUGGUGGGCACCUUAUCCGUUUGAUCGUACUAGUAAUCGAACCGUCAGAGCCCAAGAUGUACCUCUUCUCAAAGAUUGGUAUCUUCAAAGAGCAUCACCCGGUCAACCUUUGAAAGUGAAAAUUUCCCAUCAAAAGCUUCUUAAAGAUUACGUAUUGAACGAAUUACAUACUCCAAAACAAAAGAAAGUUAACAGAAGAAAAAUCAGUUUACUAAAAUCCUUAAAAUCAACCAAAUAUUUCCAAGAAACCACCAUAGACUGGGUAGAAGCAGGUUUACAACUCUGUCGACAAGGUCAUAAUAUGUUAAACUUAUUAAUUCAUAAAAGAGGAUUAACAUUCUUGCAUCUUGAUUAUAACUUCAAUUUGAAACCCACCAAGACAUUAACUACCAAAGAACGUAAAAGAUCAAGAUUUGGUAAUGCAUUCCAUUUGAUCAGAGAAAUCUUAAGAGCAGUUAAAAUGAUCGUGGAUGCCCAUGUUCAAUUCAGAUUGGGUAAUGUCGAUUCCUAUCAAUUAGCUGAUGGGAUUCAUUAUAUAAUGAAUCAUUUAGGUCAAUUGACAGGGAUUUAUCGUUACAAGUAUAAAGUCAUGCAUCAAAUCAGAGCAUGUAAAGAUUUGAAACAUGUCAUAUAUUCCCGUUUCAACAGAAAUAUCGGCAAAGGUCCCGGAUGUGGAUUCUGGCAACCAGCUUGGAGAGUUUGGCUCAAUUUUAUGAGAGGUAAUAUUCCCUUAUUGGAACGUUGGUUAGGUAAUUUAUUGGCUAGACAAUUUGAAGGAAGAAGAAGUAAUGAUAUCGCCAAAACUGUUACUAAACAAAGAGUAGAUGCAUACUAUGAUUUAGAAUUACGAGCUCAAGUCAUGCACGACAUUCUAGACAUGAUACCUGAGGGUAUCAAACAGAAUAAAUCCAGAGUUAUCUUACAACAUUUGAGUGAAGCCUGGAGAUGUUGGAAAGCCAAUAUUCCAUGGAAAGUUCCUGGAUUACCUGAACCUAUUUCCCAAAUGAUCGAACGAUACAUCAAAGCCAAAGCUGACCAUUGGAUUCAAGUCACUUAUUAUAACAGAGAUCGGAUCAGAAGAGGAGCCACUGUUGAGAAGACCGUAGCCAAAAAGAAUCUCGGUAGGUUAACGAGAUUAUGGAUCAAGAAUGAACAAGAUAGACAGGUUGAUUUUGCUCAAAAUGGACCUUUCAUCAGUCCUGAUGAAGGUAUAACUAUUUUUCAAACUUUGGUGAAUUGGUUAGAAGAAAGAAAGUUUAGUCCUAUUCCUUUCCCUCCUUUAUCAUAUAAACAUGACACAAAAUUAUUGGUAUUGGCAUUGGAAGGGUUGAAGGAGAGUUAUAGUGCUGGUGCCAAAUUGAAUAGUAGUCAAAGGGAAGAAUUAGCUUUGAUUGAACAAGCCUAUGAUAAUCCACACGAAUGUCUUGGACGAGUUAAGAAGUAUUUAUUGACCCAAAGAAUCUUUAAAGAAGCCGGAAUCGAGAUGAUGGAUUAUUACACCCAUUUAGUCCCCACAUAUGCCAUUGAUCCUUUAGAAAAAAUCACCGAUGCUUACUUGGAUCAGUAUUUAUGGUAUGAAGCUGAUAAAAGACAAUUGUUUCCUAAUUGGGUCAAACCGAGUGAUGAUGAAAUUCCUCCAUUAUUGGUAUAUAAAUGGUGUCAAGGGAUCAAUAAUUUGACCAAUGUUUGGGAUACAUCCAAUGGAGAAAGUAAUGUUAUGAUGCAAACUUCAUUAAGCAAAUUCUCUGAAAAGAUUGAUUUUACUUUGUUAAAUCGACUUUUAAGACUUGUGAUCGAUCCAAACAUUGCUGAUUAUAUGACAUCCAAAAAUAAUAUCAAUUUGACAUACAAGGAUAUGAACCAUGUUAAUCAAUAUGGGUUAAUAAGAGGGCUUCAGUUUAGUUCUUUCAUAUUCCAAUUCUAUGGAUUAGUGGUAGAUUUGUUGAUCUUGGGCGAUAGAGCUCAAGAAUUAGCAGGCCCCGUCACCUCACCUAAUAAUUUCUUACAAUUUAAAGGUGACGAUGAAACUUCUAACCCUAUAAGAUUGUACUGUAGAUACCUUGAUAAGAUAUUUAUCUUCUUCAGAUUCGACAAUGAAGAAGCAGAAGAAUUAAUACAAGAAUACCUUGAAGAGAAUCCUGAUCCUAAUUUCGAGAAUGUGGUAGGUUAUAAUAACCAUAAAUGCUGGCCAAAGGAUUCUAGAAUGAGACUUAUGAGACAUGAUGUCAAUCUUGGUAGAGCUGUUCAUUGGGAAAUAGCCGGUAGAAUACCUCAUUCCAUAACUUCCAUUGAAUGGUCAGAUACUUAUUCAUCAGUAUAUUCUAAGGAUAACUCCAAUUUGUUGUUCUCAAUGUGUGGAUUUGAAGUCAGGAUCUUACCUAAAUGUAGAACAACCAACCCUAUAUCAUCCAGAGAAGGAGUUUGGGAUCUUGUGAAUCAUGAAACUAAAGAAAGAACCGCCAAAGCUUUCCUUCAAGUAAGUAGUCUUGAAAUCGAUAGAUUCCAAAGUAGAAUUCGUCAAAUCAUCAUGUCUUCAGGUUCUUCUACUUUCACCAAAGCUGCAGCUAAAUGGAAUACUGCAUUGAUUUCAUUGUUCACCUAUUUCAGAGAAGCUAUUAUUUCUACUGAAGCAUUAUUGGAUGUAUUAGUUAAAUGUGAAACCAAGAUUCAAAACAGGGUAAAAAUGGGAUUGAACUCUAAAAUGCCAUCACGUUUCCCACCUGCUGUCUUCUAUACCCCUAAAGAAUUAGGAGGAUUAGGAAUGAUUUCAGCAUCACAUAUUUUAAUUCCUGCUUCGGAUUUAAGAUGGUCAAAACAAACUGACACUGGAAUUACUCAUUUUAGAGCUGGUUUAUCUCAUGAAGAACAGAAAAUCAUCCCCACCAUCUUCAGAUAUAUCACAUCCUGGGAGAAUGAGUUUUUGGAUUCUCAAAGAGUAUGGGCUGAAUAUGCUAUCAAAAGACAAGAAGCCAUGGAACAAAAUAGAAGAUUGACUUUUGAAGAUAUGGAAAAUAAUUGGGAUAGAGGUAUCCCCAGAAUCAGUACGUUGUUCCAAAAAGACAGACACACUUUGGCUUAUGAUAAAGGACAUAGAGUGAGAAGAGAAUACAAACAAUACAGUUUACCAAGAUUCUCACCAUUCUGGUGGACUAGUUCUCAUCAUGAUGGGAAAUUAUGGAACUUGAAUGCUUACAGAACAGAUGUCAUUCAAGCUUUAGGAGGUAUUGAAACCAUUCUCGAACAUACUUUAUUCAGAGGGACGGGAUUCGAUUCUUGGGAAGGUUUAUUCUGGGAGAAGAGUUCAGGUUUUGAAGAUACUUUGAAAUUCAAGAAAUUGACCAAUGCUCAAAGAUCAGGUUUGAGUCAAAUUCCAAAUCGUAGAUUCACUUUAUGGUGGUCACCCACUAUAAACAGAGCUAAUGUUUAUGUUGGGUUCUUAGUUCAACUUGAUUUGACAGGGAUCUUCUUGCAUGGGAAAAUUCCAACAUUGAAAAUCUCAUUGAUUCAAAUCUUCAGAGCCCAUUUAUGGCAAAAGAUCCAUGAAAGUAUAGUGCAAGAUUUAUGUCAAAUCUUUGAUAAAGAGUUGGAGGUGUUACAAAUCGAUUCUGUUGAAAAACAAGCUAUUCAUCCUCGUAAAUCCUAUAGAAUGAAUGGGUCAGUUGCUGAUAUUGUGUUGCAAGGAACCUAUAAAUGGAAUGUAUCCAAACCUUCUUUGUUGUUUGAUAAGAAUGAUACUAUGGAUGCUACUACCACCAAUAAGUAUUGGGUAGAUGUUCAAUUAAGGUAUGGUGAUUAUGAUUCUCAUGAUAUUUCCAGAUAUACCAGAGCUAAGUUCUUGGAUUAUACUACCGAUAAUACCAGUAAGUAUCCUACAGCUACUGGAGCCAUGGUAGGUAUUGAUUUGGCUUAUAACAUGUAUGAUAUCUAUGGUAAUUGGUUCAAUGGAUUGAAACCUUUGAUGCAAUCAGCCAUGAAAGAAAUCAUGAAGGCCAAUCCUGCUUUAUAUGUUUUAAGAGAAAGAAUCCGUAAAGGUUUACAAUUGUACCAAAAUCAACAUCAAGAAGCAUUCUUGAAUUCCAAUAAUUAUGCUGAUUUGUUCAGUAACGAGAAUCAAUUGUUCAUUGAUGACACCAAUGUUUAUAGAGUUUCAGUCCAUAGAACCAUGGAAGGAAAUUUAGCUACUAAGCCAAUUAAUGGUGCUGUUUUCAUGUUGAACCCUAAAACAGGUCAAUUAUUCUUGAAAAUCAUUCACACGUCAGUUUGGGCAGGUCAAAAAAGAUUAUCCCAAUUGGCCAAAUGGAAAACAGCUGAAGAAGUCGCUGCUUUAGUAAGAUCUUUACCUAAAGAAGAACAACCUAAGAAUUUAAUUGUAACGAGAAAAGGUAUCACUGAUCCCUUGGAAGUUCAUAUGUUAGACUUCCCCAAUGUUUCUAUCAGACAAAGUGAAUUGAAGUUACCAUUCGGUAAUGCCUUGAAAAAUGAUAAGUUGGCUAACAUUGUGGUUAAGGCUAAUGAACCACAAAUGAUUUUGUUCAACUUUUAUGAUGAUUGGCUUGAAAAGAUUUCUUCUUUCACUGCUUUUUCAAGAAUCUUAUUGAUAUUAAGAGCAAUGGGAAUAAGUCAAGAUAAGACAAAUUUGAUUUUAAGACCAGAUGCUUCAAUUAUUACUCAAGAACAUCAUAUUUGGCCAUCUUUCACUGAUGAUCAAUGGAUAGACGUUGAAGCUCAAUUAAGAGAUUUGAUUUUGAAUGAUUAUGCUACCAAAUAUAACGUUUCUAUUCAAUCUUUAACUCAAUCAGAAAUCCGUGAUUUGGUGUUAGGUCAAGAUAUUGCUGCUCCUUCUGCUCAAAGACAACAAAUUGCUGAAAUGGAGGAGAACAAAGCUGAUGAGGAAUCCAAUGCUAAUAAACAAUUGACUGCUUUAAAGACUACAACCACCAAUGCUCAAGGAGAAGAAAUCACUACGGUUACUACUACCAACUAUGAACAACUGUCGUUUGUUUCUCGUAGUGAAUGGAGACAAAGGGCCAUCGAAUCUAAUAACUUACAUUUACGUAGUAAGAAUAUCUUUGUUUCUGACAAGGAAGAAGAAGAAGAAGGAGAAGAAAUUGCAUAUAUCUUUCCUAAGAACUUACUCAAGAAAUUUAUUCAAAUUUCUGAUUUAAGAAGUCAAAUUGGGGGUUUUAUUUUCGGGAAAUCUUCCAAGAACGAUGAUGAAAUCAAAGAAAUCGUCAAAAUUGUAAUGGUACCUCAAUUAGGUAACACUCAUUCCAUUCAAUUCCCUGAGAAGUAUCCUGAAAUUGAUGAUAAUUUGGAAUUGUUAGGUUGGAUCCAUACUCAAGCCAGUGAGUUUGAAUAUUUAAAUCCUAUUGAAAUCAAUACAUUAUGCAAAUUCAAACAAGAUUUUGGAGAUAAGUGGAAUGAAAAAUUCACUACUUUGACAGUGACUUUCACUCCAGGUUCAGUUACUUUGACUUCUUACAAGUUGAAGCCUGAAGGAUAUCAAUGGGGAAAUGAUAACAAGGAUUUGUUAUCAGUAUCACCUCCAGGUUUCCAUAAAGAAUUCAGUUGUAAGAACCAAUUAUUAUUAUCUGAUAGAAUUGCUGGAUCUUUCUUAGUUCCUGAUGAUAAUAUCUGGAAUUUUGCUUUCUUAGGACAACUUUGGACUACCAAGAUCGAUUAUGAAUUGAAGAGUGAUAUACCUUUGUUAUUCUACCAUGAAUUCCAUCGUCCAAUCCAUUUCAGUGGUUUCACAGAGAUGGAAUCCAAUUUACUUGAAGCCGAUCAAGAAGAUAAUUUCAAGUGA